AAGAAACACAAAAUAGGUAGCGAUAUUUCGGAGAGAAUUUUAGAGAGAGAAAAUCAGAGAAAAGGGAUGACGGAGAUCUCUAGUGGGAGAUCGAUAUCGAGAUCGUCGCGUUUCCUUCUGUUAUUCUCUUCGAUUUCUCUACACUUCAUUACAGGUUUUUCAAAAGAUUCAUCAAAUUCUACAAAUGGAACAAAAGAUGAUGCUCAUGCUACUUCUGGUGGCAGCACUGGGUCCAGAGUAAUCAUCAUAUGCAUUCUGGUUCUCAUAGUUGUGCUCUUGUCAGUUUUGCUUUUCAAAUUAUGGCAAAAGAAGAAACGCGAGGAGCAAUAUGCUCGCCUGUUAAAGCUGUUUGAAGAGGAUGAUGAGCUUGAG